UCUCGCUGCGCCGUCGCCGCAGUAGUCAGUUGGGGAGCGCCAGGUCUGGUUCGUAGUGGUCCAGAGCUUCGGUGCCGCGCGGGUCCUGCCGUAGGCGAGCAUCCCGGGAGCCGGAACAGCGAAGCAGCCGGGAGGGCAGUCCGGAGAGCCGGCGGCGGUAGCUCGGGACUCGGGGCGGCGUGGCAGUUACACUCGCAAACUUGGACGCGCGCGGGCGCCGGGGCCGGAGCGAUGAAGAUGGUAGCGCCUUGGACGCGGUUCUACUCCAACAGUUGCUGCCUGUGCUGCCAUGUGCGCACCGGCACCAUCCUGCUCGGCGUGUGGUACCUGCUUAUCAACGCCGUGGUCCUACUGAUUUUGCUGAGCGCCCUGGCCGAUCCCAAUGAGUCCCGCUUCUCCAGCUCCGAACUAGGAGGGAACUUGGCGCUACUAGACGAUGCCAAUAUAUACAUCGCUAUUGUGAUUUCUCUGCUCAUGAUCGCGAUCUGUGCAAUGGCAACCUACGGCGCAUACAAGCAACGUGCGGCCUGGAUCAUCCCGUUCUUCUGCUACCAGAUCUUCGAUUUCGCCUUGAACACCUUGGUUGCAAUCACUGUGCUGGUGUACCCCAGCUCCAUUCAGGAGUACAUACGGCAGCUGCCUCCUGAAAUGCCCUAUAAAGAUGACAUCGUGUCGGUGAACCCCACCUGUUUGAUUCUUAUUAUUCUUCUGUUUUUCAGCAUUAUCUUGGCAUUAAAGGGAUACUUGAUUAGCUGUGUUUGGAACUGCUACCGAUACAUCAAUGGCAGGAACUCCUCCGAUGUCCUGGUCUAUGUCACCAGCAAUGACACUACGGUGCUGCUGCCCCCAUACAAUGACACCACUGUGACUGGUGCUGCCAAGGAGCCACCGCCACCCUAUGUGUCUGCCUAAACCCAAGGGGCGGCCUGGAGCAUCAGCUGCUACACAGAUAUCAAGCAAUAGUUCUCAGCUUCUCUCAUGAGAUGAGUUCACCUGUCAUGUAAUUGCCACAUUUUACGAUGUAGAUGUUCAGUUGAGGCCCUCUGUAGUUCAAACAUCCACUGUAGCUAACGCACUGUGGUAGCCGCACUGUAGGGUUCGUAGGGUGGGAGUGGGGUUAGUCAACUCCCUUAGUCUUUCCCACAAAACGUGAGUGGACUUUGAAUGUCCAAAGAUGUCUGAUUUUGUACUUGUUUGUUCCCAGGGUUGGGCAGUUAGCCAAACUUUCUGUUUCCUUUAUUUCUUU